GUCAGCCGGUUGCGCACAUUACGGCACACACAGACAGAGCGCACCCCAACUGCGUGGAUGGACGGAGCAACUUAAGGACUUCCCUUCCUCACUCUUAAGGCACAUUUAUGAUUGGAUGCCUACCAGCUCGGAUUUUCUUCUCAUUUAUCAAGGGCUUUUUACAACGUGCCAACACUGAGCGGAUAUUGCUAUUGCGCAUCACGGGAGCUGGAACAAAAGGGACUCUUCAGUCAUCUCCAGCCUUCAGGAGUACUCUGGUCCAGUGGAGGCAACCCUACAUCCUAGCAGUUGGGACCACAAGAAACAGCUCCAUGAGUACUACAUCGCGUUGGAUGUGAACAUCAGGGAGCAACAGAAGUACAAGAGCCUCAAAAACCAAGAUCUGCUGGAAUGUUCACGAUGCUCAACAAUGAAAUGAAGACCUAAAGCCAGAUAACCCAUGUUUGACCCACCGAACACAGACUGAAGAGUUGCAGACACCAGUGUUGUGUGCGUUGCUGGCCCUGUGUGUGUGUUUACACACUGUGCUGAGAUUAAAGCACUGUGGAGUCAGGAAUUUAUGUUCAAGAGCAUGGUCCAACUGUCCACCUCAGUCUACCUGCUGGGAGGCCUUUUGGGCCUGUUUCUGCUAUCGCCUGUUAUGAUGGCCCCAACACCAGCCAGCAUGUGCACAGCCUUGAAGACACUCAACGGUAGCCUCAGCAACAGGCGGCGGUACAUGAAGCACAACUUCCCCAUCAACUACACCAUCAGGGUCCAUUAUGAGGAAGUCUUCAAACUGUCAAACAUUAACAGAAUGAGGUUACAUGUGGAGGGAUUGGAUGAGCUAGUUCUCCAGAGGUUGUGGUUCCAGGUCAACCGAGGCGUUUUAAAAAAGAUCAUCCGGGUUAUGCCAGAGAGACAUCCUUCACGUCAAUACACCACUGAGUUGGAAAGGCGCUUCAGGGAUGCGGAAGGCGUGUUUGUACAGUCACAUCCGGCUGAGGUGUUCCAGCAGGAGCUUCCAGAGUCUAUCCAGGACACUUGGGAUCAUUUAACAGAAGAGCCUAGCAGAGUGCCCGAGUCCAGUUGGAGAUCUGCUUCCCCGAAGUCUCUCCUGGACAACCUCUGCCACACCAUGCACUGCCUCUUCAGUGAGUGCUUUGCCAGCACAGAAACAAAGCAGGACUAUUGCAGUGUUUCCCAUUGGAAAAAAGGCAAGAAGAAAAAUGUACGCCCUCGAAGCUGAGAAGGGGCCAGCGGGAUGCAAUGGUGAUACCAAUAAAGGGUUGGUGUCAUUAUCUCCGUUUCAGCGAUAGAGAGAAGAGUGAAAGGACAAUCCACACGGAAACAAGAGAGCUCAGUCCUGAUUUGUGAAGAUCAAUAAUUAUUUCCUAAAUAUACCGAACAGAGCUAAGAUUGUUUUUAUGAGAAUAAGGUAUGAUCAAUGGCUCUAUCACGCAAAGAAGACUCAUAUUGUAGGUACAGCAGCAGCAUUUAUGGUGAUUUCAUGAGCAUAAUGGACUUUCUGCUAAAAUGAAAUUACACUUAUUUAGGAGAAAUUCUCCAACUUUUAGAUUUUCCAAUUCUGUCACACAUGAAGUUUAAAUAUUUGUCUCUUGAUGGCAGCUCAGAUUAAUUAUUUGUUCUUGAGAGAUUUGUUCAUAUAUGGACUGAACUGAUCAUCGAUUGGAUGUCACUAUGACUUUAGGAAAACUCUCCCCAAAAAGCCUGUGAUGUGCUCCGGUGGACCUGAAUGGUUCGGAUCAGAGAUCAACAUGAAGCCGUAAGAGAGACAAUGCAUUGGAAUGUUAUCAUAUCUAGAAACUUCUGCAGACUUUGUACCAUAUCUGACUCUUCCACACAUCAAUGAGCUGGAGCCCGAGCAUUGACAUGAACUGACUUCAGACCUACUGGCAAACUGUGCAAAGCUUGAAGAGUGACCAUUAGCAUUUUUAAAUGUGAAUUAAUAUCAGUUUCACUAUUUCACUUUGUUCUGACUUUAACAUUUGGGCCAACAUCGAUCUUUUUUUAUAUAAAUACAUUUGAGGUAUCUGACCUUUCAGAUUUGGCUCCCCUUCAAAUUUCACAUGCAGGCUCAUCAGAAAAUAUAUAUUAUGAUAAAAUCUUUCCCAGGCUCAAGCCACCCAGAGCCGAAUAAGCUUUUUCAGGAGGGGAUCUUAAAGACAGGCGCUAAAACGAAGCGUUCCAGACAGAGGUUAUUACAGGUAUAGUUUAAUCAGUUUACAGUGUAAGACUUCCUUCUGCCUUCAAUACUUUAUGUUUAUUAUGACAGCAUAAAAAAAUCAAAAUCAAAUAGAACAAUUGCUCUUUUACAACAGUUAAGAGUAAUCCAUUUUCCGUUUAAAAUUAAAUAGAUAUAGAGUAAUUCAUAAAUAACUCAAAUAAAUGGCAUUUACACUACACCAUUUUAAAAAGUAAUAUGGUGUUUCACUUAUAAACUUCAGGUAUCUGUCCCAUAGAACUUAGUGACCCCUUAUGACUGCACCAGGUAUCUAUUUAUGAAAGCCAACUAUAGGAAGGUAAUGGCUUCAGUUUAAGAGUGUACUUACUUUAAGAGUUAAGGAUGAUGUUAUAUAGAAAGCAAAGUGUUGAGAUUGGGUCUGAAAGGAGCUCUAUUCAGGAGAGCUUUAAUGAUGUAAUAUGUAUUGUUCUAAAUGCAGCGUAUAUUUGUAUUACACUUAAUCCUAUAUAACUGUACGGUUGUCUUUUUGUUACCAUAAGAGCAUUUUAGGUGUGUAUUCAAAGAUCCCUUAUUGUGAAUAUAAAGUUAUAUUUUCCCCAAACUGACUGGUAACAGCAGAGAGAUGAUAACUCCUAACAUGUGGAUGGUUGUUCUUUAAAAACUGACUUUUUUAUAUGCAAGAUAUUGAAUUUAUUUAUUUUUUGGAAAUGUAUAAUGCUAUGUGUCAAUACUUCAAUGAAAGAAAUACAAAUUAAAUAGCUAUUUUGUAUCAACUAA